AUGCAGAAUUCAUUUAACCUUCCAUUGAAGAAAAAAUUUUACAACAAAAAUAAGGGAAUCAAGAUACCAGGAGUAUUACCUGCACUUUCAGCACGGAUUUAUGGUGAUAAGUCAGCUUUCUAUGAUUGUGCUUUCUUGGGGGUUCAAGAUACUUUGUGGGAUGCCCAAGGCCGACAUCACUUCUCUCGUUGCUACAUUGAAGGUGCAGUAGAUUUUAUUUUUGGUGCUGGCCAAUCUUUCUAUGAGCUUUGCUCAAUAAAUGUCACUAUUGGAGGUUUCAUAACAGCCCAAGCUCGAGAGUACCCUAAUGAUACAAAUGGUUUCGUAUUUAGUCGUUGCACUAUUUCUGGAGUUAAAGGUGUUCAAGCCCUACUCGGAAGAGCUUUUAGACCAUACUCGACAGUAAUAUUUCGAGAAUCAUUUCUAUCUGAAGUAGUUGAUCCUCGAGGGUGGGAUGCUUGGCAUUCCGUAGGGCAUGAGACUAAUUUAACGUACGCCGAAGUUGGUUGUAAAGGACCAGGGGCUAACACAUCAAAGCGUGUUCAAUGGGAAAAGAAGCUAUCAGCAGAGCAGCUCCAGAAGUUUUCGAAGUCUUCCUUUAUUGACCAAGAUGCAUGGCGAAAUCUAGUUGGUAAGCUAAAGCCCCCACAAAAGGCCACCAAACCCACAAAAACUGCUAAAAGGAACAAAAAACAAAAAUCAAUAGAGUGA